UACAGGUGAUGAUGUUGUGGGGAUCCAGAAACUUAAAUCCAAUCUGCAGGCAAACUUUCAGACAAAGGAUUUAGGUCAUUUACAGUAUUUUCUGGGUAUUGAGGUAGCUCGGUCUAAAUAUGGGAUUUAUUUAUGUCAAAGGAAAUAUGUACUCGAUAUGUUGAGUGAAGUUGGAAUGUUAGGUUGCCGACCUGUGGAUACUCCUAUGGAUCCCAAUGUGAAAUUAGCAAGAGAUCAAGGAGCAUUACUUGAUGAUCCUAAGCAAUAUCGAAAACUUGUGGGUAAGUUAAAUUAUCUCACUGUAACGAGACCUGACAUUUCGUUUGCAGUGAGUGUUGUGAGUCAAUUUCUUGAUACCCCUCGUACUAGUCAUUGGGAUGCUGUUAUACGGAUUCUCAGGUAUCUUAAGGGUGCUCCUGGAAAAGGGUUGCUGUAUCAAAAUCAUGGACACACUGAUAUUGAAGGAUAUAGUGAUGCAGAUUGGGCCGGUUCUGCCUCAGAUCGAAGAUCGACCACAGGAUAUUGUGUGUUUGUUGGUGGUAAUUUAGUGUCGUGGAAGAGUAAGAAGCAAACAGUUGUCUCCAGAUCA